AUGAAUUCGUUUAGGCCAUUUUCAUCCAGUAGUAGAAUACUUGCGAAGAAGGCCAGCGAACUGGCCAAGAAGGCACUCUUGGGGAGGCAAAGUAAUAAACUUACUGCCGGGGUAGUGGGGCUAGCAAAUGUAGGUAAGAGUACAUUCUUUCAAGCCAUAACUCGAACACUGCUUGGAAAUCCGGCAAAUUACCCGUUUGCUACAAUUGAUACCGAAGAAUCUCAAGUAGUGGUGAAAUCUCCUAUAUUGGACCACUACUUGCAAUUGUUUCAGUCUCAAAAAAAAAUUUCCUCGACAUUAACCAUCUAUGAUAUAGCGGGUUUGACGCGAGAUGCAUCAAGUGGAAAAGGUAUGGGUAAUAAAUUCUUGAGCGAGAUAAGGCUGGUGGAUGGAAUAUUUCAUAUGGUUCGAGGGUUCAUAGACGACGAGAUCAUUCACAUCGAGGAAAAUAAGGUUGACCCAUUGAGGGACAUUGAGAUUGUCAAUGAUGAGCUCAUUCUUAAGGAUUUGGAGUACUUGGAGAGUGCAAUAGAGCAGACAGAAAAACUAUUAAAGAAACCACACAGCAAUGUUUCGAAGGUGCAAUUUGCACUUGAUACUUUACUAAAAGCGCAGGAUUUGUUAUACAAUGCGAAGAAGAUUUCCGUCGAGAAUUGGAGUGAUGAGGAAAUUGAAGUCUUGAACUCGGUCAAUCUCCUCACGGCGAAACCGAUGGUGUAUUUGCUCAAUGUCAGCGAAAAUGACUUGAGAUCUGGAACCAACGAAUUCCAGCCAGGGAUCGAAAAAUGGAUCCGCGAGACCUGUCCCAAAGACAAGCUAUUGGUAUUUUCAGCCAGUUUCGAAUCCAAGAUAGCCAGAGGUGAAGAAAGCGAAGAAUCAAGCAGCCUUGGCGCAGUAGUUCAGGCUAUGCGAGAGUCGCUUAAUCUCAUUUCGUUCUAUACAUGUGGCCCCAAGGAAGUUAGGCAAUGGACUGUACGGAAAAACACAAUAAUACCCGACGCUGCUGGAGUCAUACACACGGACUUGAAGACUACAUUUAUAACGGCCCAAGUGUACAAGUAUGACGACCUUAGACUCGAGGAGGCUCCGUUAAAUGAAAGCAAGUUGAAAGCCAGUGGCAAACAACUACGCGUCGGAAAAUCCUAUGUGGUUGAAGACGGCGAUGUUUUGUUAAUCAAAGCUGCAAAAGGAAAUAAUAGGUGA